GCUCUUUUAGCACUGGGGUGUGCAGUGUGUUCUCUGCUGUCGUACCACGGAGAGAGAAAAGGGACAUUCACUGAGUUUCUGCAGCCCUCGAUUGACUGACCGGUCAAAACCGGAAGUACAUUGGAGUGCAUUAUCUUGCCACCUGAACGCUGAAGCGUCUCUGAAAAAACAACAGACAUGCGCAGAAGUGCUCGCCAACGGCUAACUAACGAGUCCAUGCUAUCCGCCCGAGCGGUCGCGGUGGGCUUCUCUCUGAUAACUGUGGCCCAAACGAUGACCUCUGUGGCAGCGACGACAUCCUCGGAACCCCGGGGGCUGCAGGCAUCCGCCGGCCGGGAUGCACGCACCGGGAGCCCGCGGCAGAGGCUCCAGAAGCUGCGGGCGGUUCCCGGUUACAACCCGAACCGAGUGAACGACCUGCUGCUCCUCCGGGCCGACACCGACCACCUGACCGCCACACAGCCGAAGGAGAGCAGCAACAACCGGCAUGUUGUGUUCUUCCACGGGGAUAUUCAGAACUUCGAGGAGGAGAUGGCCGUGCAGCCUGAGGGAUCCCAGUGGCUCUCCUGGAGCCUGGAGCAGGUCGCCCUCACGCUGGGCCGCCGUUUCCCCGACCGCCACGUCUGGGUGGUCAGAGCCUCCCGGAUGUAUCUCCACAAGUUCAGCUGCUACCACAACUUCGUGGAGAGCAACAUGUUCGGGGCUCCGGAGCACUCGCCGUACUCACCUGACUACGGAGCGUUUUGCCACCUCAGGGCGCUGCUGAGCCACGGCAUGGAGCGAGCCAACCUGCCAAACCCUCUGCAGACACAGGGAGGCGCUGACGGCAUCCCCUCAGGGUUUUCCCUCACGCUGGUGGGCUUCAGCAAAGGCUGCGUGGUCCUGAACCAGAUGGUGUACGAGCUGGCCGGGGCCCGCGCAGACCCGCAGCUGUCUCACUUCGUCAGAUGCAUCUCGGACUUGUACUGGCUGGACGGCGGGCACCCGGGAGGCAGUGAGACCUGGGUGACGGACAAGCAGGUGCUGAAGGGACUUGCUUCCAGCGGAGUGUCGAUUCACGCCCACGUGACCCCGUACGAGGUGUGUGACCCGAUGCGGGCCUGGGUGGGCCGCGAGUACGGACACUUCAUUAAGACCCUGGAGGAGUUCGGGGCCUGUCCGAGUAAGGAGCUGCACUUUGAGGACGAGCCGCCCUCCAUCGAGAACCACUUCAGGGUCAUCCAGGAGUUUUGAGGUUUUAGGUGGGUCGUGAGCACUUCAGACACCACACACACAGUCUGAGCUGAUACUCCCAACGUCACUGAGCGCUUUAAUUUAUUAAGAAUGCAGAUUGAAUGUCUUAUUUGCUGGUCUUACCUCAUUUUUUCUAUGAUUUAAGGGCUCAGAAUUUAGAGCAUGUGACAGAUGCUGGUCUCCUUUUUACUGCUAAAUGCACUUGAUCCGAGUCUGAAUGAUGCAGGGCGCUCCCUGUGGCUCUGAGCAGGAAUACGCAGGUAUGAAAAUGGUCUUUCUUCUUCAGGCUAAAUGUGAUCUUUUACAUUUGAUUCUGGCUCAAACUUCCUGCGGAGCCGUUGAUUUAGAAACAUGAAGUAUUCAUGUUGUUUCAGUUGGAGUUUGCGAAUGAGGACGUUUCUCUAAUUUAAAGGGACAGCUCACCCCAAAAUCAAAAAUACAUGUUUUUCCUUUUACCUGUCGAGCUGUUUACCCAUCGAGGUUGUGUCGGUGUGAGUUGCAGAGCUUUGGAGAUAUCCGCCGUCAACCUGAUACCAAAACCAUUAUCCAUUCCACUUAUCGGCCCCAUUCUUUGUCAAUUUCAGGUUUUUCAGCGUAAACACAAUUGUUUUAUUAUCUCUGACUAAAAAAGUAGAGUUAGCGCUUUGAGAACACAAACCCAGUGCCAUCUGGUUCCAUUAUAUUGGAGAGAAGGCAGACAGGGGGGUGAACUGUCCCUUAUAGGUGUAAAAGAUAAAGUAUAGCUUUGAUUUAUUUUAAUUUCUGCCAUGAUUUUAAACGUAAUGUAUGUUUGGCUGAAGCAGGAACGGCUUAUUACAUUCUCCUUAUAGCUGCACUUUUACUACCUGCUCCUGUUAAGACACGUGAAUGUCUGAAUGUCUGAACUUUACAGUUUCAGACGGCGUCAGUUGGGCUCUCAGUAGUGAUUAUUGAUUGUACUCAAACAGGUGGCCAAUGAAUUAUUGAUUACUUGGUCAGAAAGUUAAAAAAAAAUGGUUUCUGUUGUCAUUCCUUCAGUUUGAUCCCAACUGUGGAUUUUCCACCCAAAUAUUCCCGAUCUGUUUCUUUCAGUUAAAUGUCACAACACAGUCUCACCUCGAGGUCAGUUUAGUAGCUGUUGUUGUGAAGCUUUCGAUCAUAACACGGGAUGAUUUUCAGUAGAUGUAGAGGAGUUGCUUCAUGUGGAUGUUGAGGUGAGAUUUUAGUGUAAGAAUUAACUGUUAAAGUCAUUACCUUCCUUAUUACUUAUCACUUUUUUAAAAAAAAACAUUAACUGAUUGUGUUAAAUUCCUUUUUUCACAUUUGUUUUGAAAAUAUACCAAAUUACCUUUUUAAAAAUGAAAUGUUCAAACUAAACCGACUGUAAUAAUGUCAGAAUGAGGAGUUCUGUUUAAAUGAAGUAAUUUAGAAAGACGUGUAAAUGAGGCGGCGCUUGUUAACUCUGUGGUUAGAAGUUAAGAACCGCUUUGUAUCUACUGUACUUUUUGUUAACUGCAAUAUGUAAAACAUACACACUAGUUUAAUGGGAAUGUGGCAGCAUGUGUAUUAAUAUCUGUAUGAUGUAUUCCAGUCUGUAUGACCUCUGUGUGAGCUUACAUAGCGUCUUUGCACUACGCUGAUGGCUGUAACUCGUUUUGCUGAAUGUAACUUCAGAUCAUUCCAUUAUGUUUACUACUCGCUGUACGCUGUGCUGUGAGUGUGUGAGGACGACGGAGAAGAUUAACUUAAAAAAAAAAGGUGUUUAGCAAGUGCACAGCCAAGUUAUCAUACAUUAUUUUAAAUCAUCUGCUUGCUAAUUGGUAUACGUUGUCCUGUCAACGGUUACAGUGAGGGAGAGGCUGCAACACAGAAAUAUUUCUGAGUAGUUUAAUAAGAGGAGUUUGUUUCUCGUCAGUCAGCAGGGGGCAGCAGUGUAGAACAAGUAAAGUGACUCAAAGACAACAAAAAGAAGACAUCACAUACUGUGUUGGAUAUUUUCUACAACCUUUAAUGAGCUUUUUCAGUUUGCUUUGUGAUGCUUUUACAUAUUAGCCUGCAGUUGAUCAGAAUACAAAGGGGAUUAUGUCUUUUUUUUUUUUUUUUAGUCAUUUCAGACGCAAUCAGAAUGCUCAUACAUUAAAAAAAUAUAAAAUGCAAAAUAAACAUACAUUUCUUGCACAUUU